CAGCGCCUGACGGAGACCGAGCUGGACCCGCCGCCCGGGUGGGUCCUUCAUUCAAGAGCUCAGCAUGAAGAGUUCUUUUCAGGCCUUCCUUGAGCCUCCCAGGUAAUGACAGACCUGUUGGUUGCAGCUGUCCACACGGGAUGCCUCGCGUUUGCCUGGGAGUUCGGCUGCUGCUUUUUUUAGUGUAACGCUAGGGAUCCUGUUAAGUGCAUUUACGGGUUUUUGUUGCGGUAACGGCUGCUGCUUUUUAUUUAUUUUCUUCCUUUGAACCGGGGCCCGGCCCUGCUCCCACUGACAUGAUGGCCCAGUCCAAAGCCAACGGCUCUCACUAUGCGCUGACUGCCAUCGGCCUGGGGAUGCUGGUGCUCGGGGUCAUCAUGGCCAUGUGGAACCUGGUACCCGGCUUCAGCGCCACCGAGAAGCCGACAGCUCAGGGGAACAAGACGGAGACGGGCAGCGGCAUUCUCAAGAGCAAGACGUUCUCUGUGGCCUACGUGCUGGUCGGGGCCGGGGUGAUGCUGCUGCUGCUCUCCAUCUGCCUGAGCAUCCGGGACAAGAGGAAGCAGCAGCGAGGCGAGGAGAUGGCGCACAUCCAGUACCCGCCGGGGGCCGAGCCCCACGCCCAGGAGGAAGACAGCCAAGAGGAGGAGGAGGAGGCCGCCUCCCGGUACUACGUCCCCAGCUACGAGGAAGUGAUGAAUACAAACUUCUCAGAAGCCAGGGAACCAAACCAGAGCCCCAGGAUGAGCAUCUCUCUCCCCUCCUACGAGUCCUUGACGGGCCUCGACGAGACGAGCCCCACGACCACCCGGGCCGACGUAGAGGGCAGCCCCGGGAAUCCCCCCGACAGGCAGAACUCCAAGUUGGCUAAACGCCUGAAGCCACUGAAAGUUCGAAGGAUUAAAUCUGAAAAACUUCACCUCAAAGACUUUAGGAUCAACCUCCCAGACAAAAAUGUCCCUCCUCCCUCCAUCGAGCCUUUGACGCCCCCGCCACAGUACGACGAAGUCCAGGAGAAGGUCCCCAAUGCCCGGCCACCUGACUGAUGGCCCCUCUCUGGUGUGUUCCCUCCUGUCACUCACCCUCCGCACCAACAGAGCCCCAGGGAGCCACUCCAGCCACAGUUGAGAAGCGAGGGGACAGAUGCACUGAGCGGUUUUGGAUGAGGGGUGUGGGUUGCGGAGUCAUGUGAUUCUGGGGUGUCUCACACCCACAGAACCUCGUGUAGCAGGUGCACGGGAAAGAUGCUGGGGACCCCAUCUGGGGACGGGUGUAGGCAUCUUCCCCAUCGUCCUUCCUCAACUGAAUUGUUGAUGACAACAGCCUCUUCCCGACCAGGAAAGGCUACCUGGCCACUGGUUUAGAUUGUGGUUUUGUUUUGCUUUCACUGGGACUGUUUUGUUUCCAAAAGAAAACAAGUCAUGCCUUUGCUUUCUUCACUGGCAUCCUGAACCGUGGGCAGGAAAUACAACUCACCUUUGAAGAAAGGACUUGGAGCCGUUUGGUGAAUUAAGCAAAACAGACGGCUGCGUGACUCGGGGGGUGAGGCCCGGCUGGGGUUCUCAGGGCCCCGCACGUCGGUGGUUCUUUGACGGCCCAGGCCCUGAUGAUGCUUAAGAUCAUAGUCUAAACGGUAUACUUUCCUAGUCUCCUAUUUAACGGCAGGAAAGGCCACGUUCUGUUCCUUCUAAAAUGCUGUG